AUGCCUGUUUGUGCAAUGCGUCACUCCGCCGCAUGGGGGGGGUCGGACCACCGCUAUGCCCUGGUGCACGCACGCGGGGGUCUGGGUCGGGGGCGCGGGGGGGGGGCGCGGGGAGCACGGGGGAGGGAGCCGAUACGAACGGGGGGUGGCGGCAUCAUCAUGAGGCCGUGGGGGCCGCGGGUCUGGGGGGCCGCCCUCGGCGGCGGUGAGGGCAGUGGGGACUCGGAGGGGGGCAGCGGGGGGUUUGGGCGGGGGGGGCCUGGGGGGAGGGAGUGCGGGUGGGGGGGCGCAGCGCCCGGAGGGGGGGGAUUGUGCGGGGUAAGAAUAGCGGAGAGAAGGUGGGGGGGCGGCGUAAGGGGGGGACCGAGGAUAGACAGGGAUGGCAGGAACCCACGGGGCGAGGGAGGACCAGGCGAGCGGGUCGGGCUGGGGCAACAGAAGAGGGGGAGGGUGGACGGGGAGGAGGUACCGUUGGCGGAGAAGGGGGGAGGGGGCGGGGAGGGGCGGGCGCUGCGGGCGGGGCACCCGGGUGUUAGGGGGGGGGGGGGGGUCCGCGUAGGGGGUGCACGGGGCUUGAGGGAGCCUGGUGGGGGCUGGUUUAGAUGGAUGAGGGCUGGGGGGAGCAGGAGGCAGUGGCGGGGGGGGGCACGCGCGGUGCGGGACAUGGUAAGAGGGGUGUGGCCAACAGCGACCGGCCUCCUGCACCCGGAGCGGGGAGAGGGAGGCGGGGACGGGGGAACCGGCGUGUGCCGAGCGCAGCCCGCGCGCGGAACCGACGUGAGCGCAGGCCCCCUCAGCCAGGCGCACCGUGCGAGCCACUCACGACGGGACGCGCCCACCGGCAGCGCUCUCUUAAUCCGUGGUGUGGCCCGCAUGACCGUGCACACCUGUACGUGCGCCCCUCCUCUCACCCUGGGCUCCGCUUCUUAG